CUACAAGACCAUAACACAAUCUAGUUUGGGUACAUUUGUCUAGUCUUCACCCUCCCUUUGAGAAUGGCCUUUGACUAAGGGGUAGUCAGUCUUGCCCAAGAAAAACUGGAAUCCAACUUAAUGUUCUCACAAUUGGGUUUUUAUUCUUUGAAGCUAAAAUGUUGUCUUUCUACAUUCUCAUCCCAUUUCACUUUCAAAACCCUCUUCCUUCACAAUCACAUGGAGCUUUCCCCAACAAGCAGAAGCAGAAAUAGAUGCAUUUAUGAUGAUGGGUACAUCCCAAAAUCAAAACCCAAAUCACAAACAAAGUGCUGUUCUUUAUCUCCCUCUAAAAGAAUCAACAUUGAUUGCACUCUUACCUUGCAAGAAUGGCAGGGUUGGGGCACAAAUUCUCCAGUUCCUUCUACUGUGAUUGAUGCCAUUUCUUAUUUGAAGUCUGUUGAGGGUCAAACUCAUGCCCUUAUGACUUUUGGUGGUAAUGGUGGUAGACUCAUGGGUGAUUUUAAAAUUGAAGAGGACAAGAAGCAUAGAGCAGCCUAUCAGGCACUGAAUGAUUCAGAGAUGAAGCUUCAGUUCUUUGCAGCUCGACAAAUAGCUUGUCGUUUGCUUGGAAGUCGAGGAUACCUUUGUCAAAAGUGUUGGCUUCCCUUUGAAGAUUGUAUGUGCUCGAUGGUCAAACCUUGCCCUCUUUGGCGUGGUAUACGGUUUUGGUUGUACAUGCAUCCGAAGGAUUUUCUUCGACAAAACAACACAGGAAAGCUGUUAUGGCAAGUUUUUGGUGUGCAGGCUGCAACAUUAUGCCUCUUUGGUAUUGUUGAACAUGAAGAAAUAAUGUGGAAUGAAUUUAAGAAAGCAGGAAAAAGCAAAGUGUGGUGCUUGUAUCCUAAUAAGUCCGGAGUUCCCAAGUCUGUGAUCGAUUACUUUUCAAAUCCUACACAAGAUGAUGAAGAUUGUGAUUCAAGCAAGACAAGUGAAGACAAUGUCUUAAAUUUCGUUCUUGUAGAUGGUACAUGGAACAAUUCCGGGGCAAUGUUCAAGCGCUUGAAGGAUCAAGCAAAACGUGUGUGGGGACAGGAUGACAUUGCUUGCAUUUCGGUUGCAACAGGUGCUUCAGCAAUGCAUAAACUUAGGCCCCAACCAUCAUGGGAUCGUACCUGCACAGCUGCAGCUGCUGCGGGUCUUCUUUCGGAAUUGCAACUUGUUCCUCGAUUCAAUUCAUACUGUCUUGAUAAGCAGGCAGAAGUUAUAGAAGAUGCAUUAGAUGCUUUGUUAGAGUCGCUUACUGCUCGGCGUCUUCGUAGGGGCAGGUCCAUUACUCGUAAAGAAAGAAUGAGCACCUACCUAUGUUAGAAUCUUAGAUUUCACUUGUGUUGUGCUUUAAAUGACAACAACAAUAUUCCAUUACUCCAAUGUCAUUAAGUAGCUCGCCUAUCCAGGGUGGGAUUUAAGAGGAUCAGAUUUACACAAUCUUAUCCUUGUUAGUUGUUAAUGAUAAAACUAACAAAGAGAUUAUUUUCGAUUCUUUCUCAAAUGAUAGUUUAACCGACUAAAAUAGGGAUUUUCAUAUUGAAUUGAGCUCUUCAUGUGUGGAUCAAUUCAUAACUUCUAUUUCUAAUUACUCUUGAUCACUUUUAUGGUAUGUUUGGCAAUUUGGAA